AUGGACGCCUUUCUGCUCAAAGCUCAAGCCUACAUCGCCUAUGAGGAAGGCAAAGCAACCGUGAAGAAAUGCUCGAGAGGUAACGACGCUACCCGUAGUUCAAGCCAAGACUAUUCUCUUUCUCGCCGAGGCAACGAAAAGAGAAAAGACGACAGGCCCCGUGACACUAAGGAGCAGAGAGGACCAGCUGGUCGGUUCAACGACUACACCUCGCUGAUCACUUCUCGCGAGCGCAUUUUGACCGAGUGCAAAAACACAGAGUUCAAAAACUCCAACGUUCGACCCCCGAAGCCAAAUCCCACCAGACCGGGGACUGACAAGUCCAAAUACUGCAAGUACCACAUGAGUCAUGGGCACCUAACCGACGAGUGCAUACAUCUGAAAGAUGCCAUCGAGACUCUAAUCAAAGAAGGUCAUCUCUCCAAGUAUACGAAGAAAGGAGAGACUUCCCGGCGAGAAGGGCAAGGGACUUCUGACGAGGAUAAUUCACCAGAUGACAGACCACUACAGGUUGCCCUAUCUGUCACCCGACCAGAAGACUUCAUACCCUCGGUCGGAGUGACCUCCGCCCUGAGCCCAUGGGAAGGAUUCCCGACCGCCGUGGUCAUCUCUAACGGCGGAGAUCCGGGCUCUCUCACGAUCAGCUCGGUAAAGAGGAUGUUUGACGAGCUCAUCAGCGCCAACUCAGACCUCGGUCCAACCCUCCAGAAAUUCAAGGGAAAAUCAGAUCUGAUAACCUUCUACCUCGAAGAACUCCCGGGCGGAGCCCCAAAUGCCACGAUUCCCCUGCUCGUCCGAGCAAGGAUGGCUAACUUUGACGUCCGUCGGAUCCUGAUCGACGAGGGAAGCUCAGUCGACAUCAUGUACUCCCACCUCUUCAAAACCCUCAAGCUGGACGACUCCCACCUCACUCCAUAUGUGGGCUCUGACCUCCAGGGCUUCAACGGAACCACCACCAAACCUUGGGGUUACGUCGAGCUGAUCGUCAUUUUCGGGGAAGGAGAGGCUUCCAGACAGGUCAAGACACGAUUUUUGGUGAUCGACUGCAAAACCCUCUACAACUGCAUCACCGGACAGCCCACUCUAGCCGAACUCACGAUCGUUCCCUCAACCGUGCACCUCAAGAUAAAGUUCUACACGAAAAGGGGACGAGUAGCCACCAUCAACGCCGACAUCGAAGCGGCCAGAAGGAUAUUCGACGCGUCGAUGAAGGGACUACAGCUGAUCACCCCUCCUUCUAGCGCCAACAAGAAGCCACGGGCCGAAGACAAGCCAGCUCGGGAAGACCUGCAGCAACCGACCAAUGUCAGCUCAAUCGACCUCGACGCCCGUUUUACAAAAGAAGAACGGAAGAACGGCGAAGAGCCGCAACCGAGGACAACCCACCCUGUUUGA